AUGUGGUGCGCCAGCAAUAAGGUGAGCCCAGCUAUACUGGGACUUAACUCGCUGCGCGAUCCUCUCUUCUCCCUCCCCAUUCCCAGUCGAUCGAGACGAACCGCGCCACCACCGUCGAUCUCGAGCGUCGCCGCCACCAUCGAUCUCGAGCGCCACCACGCGGAAGCCCUGGACCAAGAUUCCUCGCUGCACGCCGGAGCCUCCGUGCAAGUAGGAGCAGGGCGUGGCCGCGGAGAGGAGGGGGAUCUAGGGCGUCACGUGCCGGCCGCCGUCGCCACCGUCGCCGAGAGGAGGAGGAGGGCGUUGCGCGCCGGCCACCAUCACGGAGAGGAGCAGCACGCCACCAUCACCGUUGGAAAAUGUUUCGUCACAUCUAGGUUUCAGGAGAGUGGUAUGUCAAAAGUUAAGUUGAAAAAGAAGCUAGACACAAUAGAAGAUAUCAUAAAUGAUGCAUGCAAAGUUUUGCAGUUGAUGAACUUGCCAAGCAUAAGUGGUGCAGACCAGAGCCGUGUUGUUACUGCCAACUCACGAGAUAGUGUCACUACUUCACGGCCUCUAUCAAAGAUAAUCGGACGAGAUGAAGAUUGUGAUAAGAUCAUAGCAAUGCUUCAUGAGAAGGAAGAACAUGGUCACCACGAUGCCAAUAGUGCUCCAUGUUAUUCUGUUGUUGGCAUUCAUGGCAUUGGUGGUUCGGGGAAAUCAACCCUUGCGCAACUUGUUUGUGCCCGUGAGAAAAAAGAUGCCCAUUUUGAGCUUGUAAUGUGGGUUCAUGUUUCUCAGGAAUUUGGUGUGGAUGCCAUUUACAUGGAGAUGUUUGAGGCUGCUACAGGUACUUCAUGCCCUCAAUUGAAAAAUCGUGACACCUUACAAGCUAUGUUGGAGGAAAAACUACAUGGAAAACGUUUCCUUUUGGUACUAGAUGAUGUUUGGUACAAUAUUAGAGAUGUGACACAGUCUGAAAGUCUGCAACAGAUACUUUCGCCACUGCAGGCUGGAGAGGUGGGAAGCAAGAUCCUGGUGACUAGUCGAACUGAAGAUGCGUUGUUAGCUCUGGGUGCCACGAAGCAGAGAUGUAUUCCCAUAUCAGUCCUAGAUGAAAAUGUCUUCUGCAAUUUGCUCAUGCACUAUGCACUCCAUGGCGUACCUGCUGAUCAUCAUGCUCGUAGAACACUGGGAGACAUUGGGAAAGAUAUUGCAAAAAAGCUGAAGGGGUCACCUCUAGCAGCCAGAAUAGUUGGAGGACAACUGCAUAUAAGGCAAAACGUCGAGUUUUGGAGAAGCGUUCUUGAUCGGGACCUUUUGAACGAGACAAUGGGGGUACUGUGGUGGAGCUACCAUCAUCUUCGUGAGCAGGUCAAGCGAUGCUUUGCUUUCUGCAGUAUUUUUCCUCGAAGACAUUUGUUGGAACGUCACGAGUUAGUAAAGCUAUGGGUUGCAGAAGGGUUUGCUAGAUUGACUAGUGAAGGGGAGGACAUGGAAGAUGUUUGCCAGGAAUACUUUGAUGAACUAGUGUCAGCCUCGUUUCUGCAACUUAGAGCAAAGGAAUAUCCCCAUAAUAGCGACUACUAUUUAGUUCAUGAUCUGUUGCAUGAUUUAGCGGAGAAGGCCGCUGGAAGCGACUGUUUCAGAAUCGAAAAUAGUUUGAAACUGCAAGGAAAAUACUCAACAGUGGAAGUUCCUCCAAACGUCCGACACAUCUUUGUUCCGAUCUAUGAUGAAGAAUUGAUUACUAAGAAGAUAUGCCAAUUGGACAACUUACGGACUCUCAUGAUUGGUAGUGGAAAUAGUCUGGAAGAUGUUGGGGAGCAAGUCCUGAAGUGUAUGUUUAAGAGGCUAAGGAAGUUGCGUGUGCUUACCAUAAUUGCCAAAGAUUUUAUAGGUUCUGACGUCUCCUCAGAUGUGCUAGUCCCAGCAUGUAUUGGUCAAUUAAGGCACCUGAGAUAUCUUGCUUUUCGGCCUCGUCAUCAGGCUAUAGGUCGGAGGACGAUUUUACCGGCCAGUUUUGCAAAGCUAUGCCACAUGCAGAUUCUAGAUUUUGGAUGGAGUGAGAAAGUGGUGUUUUCCUCUUGUGAAGAUAUUUGUAGCCUCGUUAACUUGCGGCAUGUAAUCGGCCUCGGAGAUGUGGAUCUUGCAAACAUCGGCAGUCUGAUGUCACUCCGAACAAUGGCAACCUUUGAUGUAAAAAGGGGACAAGGCCAUGAGUUAAAGCAACUCGGGAACCUAAACAAGCUUCGCGGAAAGCUGUCGAUCAAGGGCCUGGAAAAGGUUGAAAGCAAGGCGGAAGCUCUGGAGGCUAAUCUGGCCAGUAAGGAAGGGCUCAGUACACUGCAACUGUCCUGGAGGUGGAGUGGUGAAGCGGAUCUAGAAGUUCUGGCAGAGGUACUCGAGGGUCUUUGCCCACCCAAAGAUCUUAAAUCACUGAUUAUCCAAGGUUACAAUGGCCCGAGGUAUCCAAGUUGGAUGCGCAAUGGUGGCCCAAAGCACGUGAACCAUCUCCAGCUCUUCAAUUGCAGCCCACAACCUGGUCCUGAACUUGUUGGGUUUUUCGCUCAUCUCCGUGAGCUCACGAUUGAGUGGUGCAGCUGGGACGCCUUGCCAGAUUACAUGGAGCACCUGACGUCACUGCAGACGCUGCACAUCACGUACUGCCAGAAUAUUCAGUUACUUCCAGCACUACCGCAGUCUCUUGCGCGCUUAGACCUGACAGGCUGCAGUAAGGUGUCGUUGGGCUCGUGUUGCAUGGAGCGCCUGACAUCACUGCAGACGCUAAUGAUUUCUUCUUGCAAGAGUAUUCAGUCACUUCCAACACUGCCUCAGUCUAUUAAGGACUUCAAACUCGGUACCGACAGUGAGGUGUUGCUGAGUUCGUGCAGAACAGCUGGAGAUCCAGAUUGGCAAAAGAUUAAGCACAUUCCGUACGUAUCAACAGGCAACAAUAUGGAAAAUGAAAAAACUGCGAUGAAAAUGGGAGUUGUACAAGACCAGAAGGAAGCGAAGAAGAUAUUUUAUCGUCACCUUUUCCAGUUUUCCUGA